GUAAUGGCGUCUCAUCUAUCUUCGUAACGUGAGUCGCGGUCAGCACCGAAGACUGACAACUGUCAAAUGACAAUCGUAUUUGAGAAAUUACGUUCGCGCGGUUAAGAAAUGGCAGCGGAAAUAAAGCCAACCACGAGAGUAAAUCACGACAAAUUCAGCAGCAGCCGCAAGCCGGUCUUGCUGUCGAAAUUGGAAGGCUGCAGUGACGACGUUAAUGCCGCUAUCAUUAUCCCACGAGAAGAGGGUGUAAUCAGUGUUUGCGAUGACAGGACAGUUAGAGUAUGGCUAAAGCGAGAUUCUGGCCAUUAUUGGCCUAGCAUUUGUCAAUAUAUGCCAGCAAGUGCUACUUCCAUGCAUUAUUGUGUAGAAACCAGGCAAUUGUUUGUUGGCUUGGAUAACGGAAGUAUAAAUGAAUUUAUUUUGGAACAAGAUUACAAUCGAAUGACAGCUAUGCGUGAUUACCUGGCGCAUCAAGGAAGAGUUACAGGGAUUGUUCUUGCACCGGAAUCUGAAUGGGUCUUGAGUAUAGGUCGCGACAAAUUAUUUCAAUUACACAGUUCUGAGACAGGACAAAAGCUAGGAUCAUAUCAAACAGACGCGUGGUAUACCGCCCUGCAAUUUGAUUCUCAGUCGAAACAUGCCUUUGUGGGAGAUUACUCUGGACAGAUAGCAAUGUUGAAGCUGGACAAUAAUGGUGUUAACUUCAUUACUACGUUAAAAGCACAUACAGGAAGUAUUCAUACGUUGGCAUGGGAUACUGAAAAACAGUUACUAUUUUCCGGAAGUUUUGAUCAGAGCAUUAUUGUCUGGGAUAUUGGAGGUCGUCAAGGCACCGCUUAUGAACUUCAAGGACAUCACAAUAAAGUAACAGCGUUAUGUUACGCAAGCGCCGAUCGUUUAUUAUUGUCUGGAGGCGAGGAUGGUGUAAUCGUCUGCUGGAAUAUGGAAGCAAAUAGAAAGGAAACUGCAACGUGGGUCGAGUCCGACAUAUGUCAGGCAUGUGGAAGACCCUUCUUCUGGAACAUAAAAGCAAUGAUGGAUCAACGACAAUUGGGACUGAGACAGCACCAUUGUCGCUAUUGCGGUCGCGCGUUGUGUGGACACUGCACAUCGCAGCGCAUACCGAUACCAGCAAUGGGUUUCGAGUUCGAAGUAAGAGUCUGCGAUCAGUGUCAUAUACAACUGAAAUCCGAGAAUCAGUCGUCCAUGGCGUCCUUCCACGAUGCCAAGCACAGCGUCGUUGGGAUGGAUUUGGACGUCGCCAGGCGAAGAUUGUUGACCAUCGGCCAAGAUCGCGUUAUUAAGAUUUGGGAUGUAUCCGCACUCUUUCAGUGAAUUUCACGUACGUACACGUCAAUGAUCGAAGUUGAUGCGAAUCAAAUUACAGAGGUAUCGUCGUAACCAGGAGAAUACUCUGGAACCUAUUUUUGUGAUUGUGUGUAACUAUGUCCAAUGGAGAGUAUGUUACAUAACGGCGUAUCGCUCCCGUUAGGACAUUACGAUAAACCAAUCGGUGAUAACUGUAGCAUGCUUAAUCCAUAUAUAUAUAUAUAUAUAUAUAUAUAUAUAUAUAUUUUCCUCAUGAAACAUCAAUAUUAAUUCGCAAGAUAUCAGCGCCAAGUAUAUUAAUUCACUGGAAUUCUUUUUAAAACUAUCCUAUCAUAUCUGAUUACGCGUACACGAUAGGCUUUGAGUGUACGUAAAAGAUACGAAGCUCUUUUUUGGCUUAAAUUAUAUUACUAGCCACAAUGCAGAUAUAAUUACGCAUAUUACAUUUAUGCAAGUAUUGUAGUAAAUUGGGAGACAUAUGUCUCAAGUUGAAGUGAAUCGUUUAUUUUUCAAAUUUUUAAAUGAUUGUUAUAUACUGCAUUCACCUGCGUUAAACAAUUAUUGUUAAAUUUCAAAAUCUUUAACAUUAUUAUUCACUUACUAUGUUUCUACUAUAUUUCCGAAAAAAACAAUCAUAAGAGUCUAGUAGUCAGCGCUCGACGGUAGUAUAAGGAUCAACUAUUUUAUGUAUUUCAUCUAAUAUUUGAUAAAAAUAGCUAAAAUAUAUUGAAAAUUACAAUUUUAUUUCGUUGCAACAAUACUUCUUCUUAUUAAACUACUAGUAAUUUUUACACACAAAUUUCCAACUAUAAAUAUUCUUAAUUACUGUUUUUGCAUUAACUCGCAGAUAAAAAAGAUAGCGACAUACCUUGUACUAAGUCCUAGUCCUAUUUGUUACAUAACUCAUGAUUAUUUAAUAUUAUUAUAUCGUGUUAUGAAAACGAGCUGGACAAGAGAGUACCCAUUGCUAAUAAAACUGUGGCUACUCUGUUGACUAUCAGAGUUUUCCCAAGUACAAUAAAUAGGUACAAGUUAUGCAAAACUAAUUCACCCAAACGUAACGAUUUCUUAUAUUUUAUUCUGAUGAAAUCAUAUGAUUUAUUUCCUCGAGUAAAUAAUGUUACUUUUAUCGCAGUGGUUUCGUCGUAGAACUGCAGGCUGAUAACGAUUUUCAGUGAUUGUGAAAUGUAAAAGUGAAAGCUGUUGAUGACGGUAAAAAAAGGAUAUCGUAGUGAUAACGAGCUUCCAUAGAAUUUAAAGUAUCUGUAGAUAAAUAGCUUUUAUAAUGCCGUUUAAAAGCUACUUCACGUACACCACCACGAGGGAUGCAGUUGUUUUAUCGGUUCUUUCCAUCCUCAGUCGAUGUAUAUAAAAUGCAUAUCUUGUACCUGAAAAUACGUCUAACUAUUCUAUGGCGACACCGUCAAUGUGAUUCCUGCACUGCGGUUCUUCAACAGACAAUUGCUGUAGGGGAGAUCAUCCUUGUUAUCAGAAUGCAUACAGAUUUAUUCGCAGGAUAAAUCCUUGCAUUUUGAGUAGCAGGACAGUGCGAAUGUAAUUCGCACGGUCCAGAAAAACUACACGUUAGAUACAAGUGUACCAUUUUUAAGCUCGAUUAGAAAAUACUAUACGACAAGUAUCUAUCGCAUUUUUGUAUGUUUUGCUAAAAAAAUGUAUGUAUAUCACCUAUAUGAAACACGUGUGUAUAUAUACACGCACACAUACGUACACGUACACGGACACAUGCUUCUUAUUAUAAACGUUAACGUCGUUACACGACCAAGCAAUCACGCGAACGAUUAUCCAUUCAUAAUAGUAUGCGUAAAGAGAUAAACCAUCAAAUGUUAACAAUGCGCUACAUCGUCGCCACAUCGUUAUCGCGAGACACGGUAUACGUGUAACUUACGAAGAAUGUGUAAAAAUAAGCGACAGAAAGCUAUAUAUGUGUAUGUAUCGCAUUCACGUAUCGUCGGAUUGAUAUAAAUGAAAAUAUAUUUUCAAUGUAAAACGACC